AUGGCAGGUCUCGGUGUGUGCAGAGGAAGACUGAGCGGUCACAGAGCCUCUAUAACACGUUGUCUGAGGGUAAACCAGCUUCAGACGGCAGAGUUUUCGUUGUCAGCAGCUCGCCAGCUGCCGAAAGCCAGGACCAACACUCUGAUAAACUUCGUUCCUCAGCAGCAAGCGUGGAUUGUGGAGAGGUUCGGGAAGUACCUCAAAACCUUGCAGCCUGGGCUGAAUGUCCUUAUUCCAGUGGUGGACCAGAUAAAAUAUGUCCAGAGUCUCAAAGAGACUGUGGUGGAUAUUCCCUCUCAGUCCGCCAUCACUGAAGAUAACGUAACUCUACAUCUUGAUGGAGUCCUCUACUAUCGCGUCAUUGAACCUUACCACGCAUCCUAUGGGGUCGAGAAUGCAGAGUAUGCAGUCGUUCAGUUGGCACAAACUACAAUGAGAUCGGAGUUAGGGAAGAUAAAGUUAGAUUCUGUGUUUCAGGAGAGAAUGAACCUCAACCACAUGAUUGUUGAUGCCAUAAAUUAUGCGGCGGAGGCGUGGGGGCUGCGUUGUCUGAGGUAUGAGAUCAGAGACAUACAGCUGCCCACCAAGGUGAAGGAGGCCAUGCAGAUGCAGGUCGAGGCAGAGAGGAAAAAGAGAGCCAACAUCCUUGAGUCAGAGGGGAUGAGAGAGUCAGCAGUGAACAGAGCUGAAGGUCUGAGGCAGAGUAAGAUCCUCACCUCUGAGGCUGUGCGGAUCGAGCAGGUGAACCAGGCAAAAGGAGAGGCAUCCGCCAUCUUGGCUCGAGCCACCGCACGGGCCAGUGCUCUCCUCACACUCGGGAAGGCUCUGGGUGCAAAGCAUGGGUCAAGUGCAGCGUCACUGGCAGUGGCAGAGCAGUAUGUACAGGCCUUUGGGAAGCUGGCUAAGACUGGGAACACUCUUCUUCUACCAGAGAAGACUGGAGAUGUUGGCUCAAUGGUGGCUCAGGCAAUGGCUAUCUACAGCCAGAUGACAUCAAGAACAGUGGCCGGGGAAGAGGACGGAGAAGAUGAGGAAGGGGAAACGAGGGACAAACUAAAACAGGUGACGGACGAGGCAACCAAAGACCUGGAGGAGGUUCUGAGUCAACUCAGUGUCAGUAUCGAGGACCUCACCUCAGACCGGGGCUCCGCCUCCCCUGCCACGCCCACCCAGCCACACCCACCUCCUCAUUUCACUCUUGCCGACUCCCCCACGAACCACAGGGGACCAGAAAUUAGUCCCCCUAGAGAUCCAACCAUUGUAUGAAACAACAAAUAAAUCAUGUCCACACACACAGACAAUACUGAGCAGCUGGCAUUAUAAUAUAGACAAUGAUGUCACAAUGAUGUCAGGUUCAAGUGAGAGAAUGACUCGACAUGCUAUUUUCAUUACGGAACUAUUAACCAUUAAGUCACACUAUAUAUAGGCUGGCUGAGGGGGGCUACUGAAUCAGCCUGUUGACAGCGGCAUUCAGAUCUCCUCCUGUCUCUAUUAGAGCUGCAGCAGG